AUGUCGGAGGGUGGAGAUAAAAUUGAAAAGCUGCCUAGCGGAUCUGCUCAGGAAGAAACUACAUUGAAAACUGACAUGGCCAAUUCCUCUGAAGAGGUUUUGACAAAAGAGCAGGAGGGUACCUCAAUGGCGCAAAACUCGCUGGACACCAGAAAAGACGACAGUAAAUCGAGCCCAGAACCGGAAUCUUCAAGUGACUCCUCUGAUGAUGAAGAAGACGAGCCUCCGCUUCUAAAGUAUACUCGGCUCAAUCAACUACCGCCCAACUUUUUCAAAAAAGAUCCCAUCUCCGCAAGUGUAUUUCAUGAUAAUGUUUUUGCUUUCGGAACCCAUUCUGGAUUGAUACUAUUAACUAAUCCAGACUUCUCGGUAAUCCGAACUUUCAAAGCUCACCGAGCGUCUAUUUUAUCUCUUUACACGGAUGGGGUAUGGUUUGCAAGUGGGUCUAUGGAUGGAACAAUCGUAAUUGGAUCCGUUGCAGACGGUAAUGAUAUCGUGAUGUUCGACUACAAACGGCCAAUACAUGCUGUCAUUUUGGAUAAAAACUACCAGCGGACGAGGGCUUUUAUAUGUGGAGGAAUGAGCGGACGAGUUGUAUAUUCGUCCAAGAAUUGGCUUGAUCAACGUGUGGAAACAGUGUUGGACCAAGAUAAAGGUCCAAUUGUGGCCAUUCAGAUGAUUGACGAUUUAGUUCUAUGGAUGAAUGAUGUUGGUAUUACUGUUUACCAUACGACAACUCGCCAAGUCAUUUCAGUAAUUGAAAAGCCAGAGAACUCCUUCAGAAGCGAUUUGUAUUGGCCCAGAAUUUCCUUCCCAGAAACCGAUCGUCUCCUCAUUGCAUGGGGAAACUAUAUUUGGCUACUCCGUGCUUCAAUCAAAGGACCUAUGAAUUCAGCGUCUGGCGCAGGCUCGUCAGUUAAGAGCAGGAUUCUUCCUAGUGCAGCUUCCCUCUCUUUUAGAUCACUGCAGGAGAAAAAAAUAGAAGUGGAACAUAUGUUCAAAGUUGAUUAUCUCAUAUCAGGAAUUGCCAGCUUCAAGGAUGACCAGUGGAUUGUUUUAGCGUAUAAUCAAACGGAGCGAGAGCAGGAAACAGGAAAAGCAAUUCCACAAAAUCCAGAUAUCAAGAUAUUGAGCUCUGUUGACGGGUCAACACACGAUGAAGAGGAAAUCGGCUUCAAUUUUACUGAGCAUUUGGGUCUUAAUGACUAUAAUUUAGGUGUUCACAUCGGACCUAAAUCUACACGCUUUUUCGUCAUAAGCGCAAGGGGCGGUGUUAUAGCGGAGCAAGUUCAACUCGAUGAUAGGCUUGCGUGGUAUUUGGAAAAACAUAGAUUCUUCGAAGCAUGGUCUAUGAGUCGAUAUCUAGUUUCUCCAACGCAACGACUAGAAUAUGGUAUUAAACACUUGCGGUCUCUUGUCGCAUCUGAACAAUGGGAAAAGGCCACUGAUUGGACUAAAUCAUUGCUCAAUGUCAACACAGACGACUUUCCCCUAACAGAUACGAGAAGUACAAUAGGCACCAAAGUUUCUAGGGUGCUGGAAGUCGAAGAACGAGAAGCAUUCAUUAAAGUAGUUCGGCUGCAAUGGGAAAAGUGGAGUGAAGUAUUUUUAGAAGCCGGGAAAGUGCAACAGCUUUCUUCGAUUAUUCCAACAGAUCCGCGGUGGACUUUGAACAAAUCAAUUUACUCACGCAUACUAAAACAUUGGUUAAAUACAUCUUGCGAUCAUGCUAUUUCCCUUCUUCAAGCAUGGGACUUGGAACUAUAUGAUACGAAAGAUGUUACCACAAGCAUAGAAAGUCUUUUGGAGGAGAAUCCUGAUAACCGGUCAUUGAGAGCCGAAUUAUGUCGGAUUUAUCAAAAGUCUUUCGAACCGGCAAAAGCAGUGAAUCAUUUAUACAUCUUGAAAGAUCCAAAUAUUGUUGGGUUCUUAGAAGAAAACCAUAUUUUGCCUAAUUUUAUUGCAGAUGUUCCGAAAUUUGCUAGGCUCAGAUUUGAGAAAGGCUCGGAUAUUGAACGACUUCCGAUUUCGAAGAUCAAAACUCGUCUUGAGGAUAUCGUUAAGAUUUUGGCCGAUAAACGGAAUGAGAUUCCACCAAAGAAUGUUCUCCAACUCAUGUUUGAGAACCACCUAGAUAUUAUCAACUACUUUUACAUCGAAGAGCUUAUUCGAAUUGAUGAGUUGUUAGUGAAAGGAUUUGAAAAUGAGAGAAUCCAGCUUUACUCGCAUUAUAACAGGCCCAAGCUCUUUCCAUUUUUAACUAGCAACCAAAACUAUGAUAUUUCGAAAGCCAUAGAAAAUAUGUGA